UUCACAAGUGGCACGAACUGGACAAGAAUUGAGGGGGACUGACGAAAAUUUCGAGAAACUGGUCGAACAAGCCAGUGAACCUGUUAUAGUGGACUUUUAUGCGGAUUGGUGUGGACCAUGUAGAAGUAUCGGUCCAAUAAUAGGAAAAGCGGUGAAAGAUAAUAAAAAAGUUACGCUUGUGAAAGUAGACGUUGACGAGAAUAAACAAGUCGCCGAAAAGUUUAAAAUCAGUUCGUUACCAACGGUGAAAGCUUUUCAUAAGGGAAAAGAAGUUGACACUUUUAUCGGAUCACGAGAUCCCACAUUCAUUAAAAAUUUUGUGGAAAAGACCGGUUCUUUGGCUGCUGAUUCUAAAUCUUAA